GCCCUUCCUCUCGGCUGGUUGGCGCGUCAGUCCCGGCGCCGCUUACUACUUGCCUUCGUUCGCUGUGCCGGGGAAAAGGGGCCGGCUGCACAAGGUAAAAGCAUGGCUGCCAAGGUGGCUCUAACCAAGAGAGCUGAUCCAGCUGAGCUGAAAACAAUAUUUUUGAAGUAUGCAAGUGUUGAAAAAAAUGGUGAAUUUUAUAUGUCUCCCAAUGAUUUUGUCACACGAUUCCUGAAGAUAAUAGGAGAUGGGGUGCCCAAUCCCAAUACAGUCCAACUGCUGGGAGGUGUAGUAGAUCAGACUAAAGAUGGGUUGAUAUCCUUUCAAGAAUUUGUAGCGUUUGAAUCUGUCCUCUGUGCUCCAGAUGCAUUGUUUAUGGUGGCAUUUCAGCUUUUUGACAAAACUGGCAAAGGAGAAGUUACUUUUGAGGAUGUUAAACAGGUGUUUGGCCAGACCACAAUUCACCGCCGUAUUCCUUUUAACUGGAACUCUGAAUUUGUGCAGCUACAUUUUGGAAAAGAUCGGAAAAGGCGUCUAACAUAUGCAGAAUUCACCCAAUUCUUAUUGGAAAUACAGUUGGAACAUGCAAAGCAAGCAUUUGUGCAACGAGACAAUUCUCAAGCUGGAAGAGUCACAGCCAUUGACUUCAGGGAUAUUAUGGUCACCAUCCGACCUCAUAUGUUAACACCUUUUGUUGAAGAAUGUCUAGUAGCUGCUGCUGGAGGUACUACUUCUCAUCAAGUCAGUUUUUCCUAUUUUAAUGGAUUUAAUAGCCUUCUUAAUAAUAUGGAACUUAUUAGAAAAAUCUAUAGUACUCUGGCUGGACAUAGGAAAAAAGUGGAAGUUACCAAAGAGGAGUUUGUUCUGGCAGCUCAGAAAUUUGGCCAGGUUACACCCAUGGAAGUUGACAUCUUGUUCCAGUUAGCAGAUUUAUAUGAGCCACGGGGACGUAUGACAAUGGCUGAUAUUGAAAGAAUUGCACCUUUGGAAGAAGGAACUUUGCCCUACAAUCUGGUUGAGGCUCAGAGACAGCAUGCUCCAACUGAUGUCACUCGACCUAUUCUCAUCCAGAUAGCAGAAUCUGCAUACAGGUUUGCCCUUGGUUCAGUUGCUGGAGCGGUUGGAGCCACUGCUGUGUAUCCAAUUGAUCUGGUGAAAACACGAAUGCAGAACCAGCGCUCCACUGGGUCAUUUGUUGGAGAGCUGAUGUACAAGAGUAGCUUUGAUUGCUUCAAGAAAGUGCUACGUUAUGAAGGAUUCUUUGGGCUAUACAGAGGUCUUCUACCACAGCUCCUGGGGGUAGCUCCAGAAAAGGCCAUAAAGCUUACUGUAAACGAUUUUGUGAGAGACAAAUUUAUGCAAAGAGAUGGUUCUGUUCCUUUUCCAGCAGAAAUUCUUGCUGGGGGCUGCGCUGGAGGAUCUCAAGUGAUAUUCACAAAUCCACUAGAAAUUGUUAAAAUUCGCUUGCAAGUGGCUGGAGAGAUCACAACUGGUCCACGUGUUAGUGCCCUCACUGUCUUGCGGGACCUGGGAUUUUUUGGCCUUUAUAAGGGAGCCAAAGCCUGUUUCCUUCGCGACAUUCCCUUUUCUGCCAUUUAUUUCCCUUGUUAUGCUCACACAAAGGCUGCUUUUGCAAAUGAAGAUGGACAAGUGGCCCCUGGUUAUUUGCUUCUGGCAGGAGCAAUAGCUGGAAUGCCAGCUGCAUCUUUAGUGACCCCUGCAGAUGUGAUAAAGACAAGGUUACAGGUAGCAGCCCGGGCAGGACAAACAACUUACAGUGGUGUCAUUGAUUGCUUUGGAAAGAUCUUACGAGAGGAAGGUCCAAGGGCUUUUUGGAAAGGAGCUGCAGCUCGUGUGUUUCGUUCAUCCCCUCAAUUUGGAGUAACCCUAGUGACAUAUGAGCUACUGCAGCGAUGGUUUUACGUUGAUUUUGGAGGAGUAAAACCAGCAGGAUCUGAACCAGUGCUUAAAUCUAGAAUCACCCUUCCUGCACCUAACCCUGACCAUGUUGGGGGUUAUAAACUGGCUGUUGCCACAUUUGCAGGAAUUGAAAAUAAAUUUGGACUUUACUUACCUCAGUUUACAGCAAUGUCUCCUACCUCUAGAACGGCAUUAUAAGCCACAACAUACUUAUAAGUAAUGGUUGGCAAAAGAACCAUGUGUCUGAUCAAUCUUUAUACUUCAAUCCUUUAGUUUUUCUGUCUGAGCGAAGCCUUAUCUAGAAAUUUCUUUUCCUUUCCCACUUUAGGUGUACAUUUGUGCUUCCCAUGUCAAAUCACUGUGAUGUUUCUGCUAAAAUAGUUGUUAAUUUGGACCCAUGAAUGUAUCCCCCUCCCCCAAUUACUUAUACUUGGAAUUGUGAAUGUACUUGGGCUGAUUUUGAAAACAUAUUCAUAAUUAUUUUUCUUAUUGGUGGGCAAACAGGGAAUGUUGGGAUGGUAGAAUAUGGCCUUUGGCAUCAGAUGAAGAUGUUCUGCCAUCAUGACUGCAUAAAUAUUAGAGCUCAGCAGCAUUUCAGAUUUAAAGGCAAAAAUACACUUUACAAAUAUGUGAAUGUAAUCCACCUGCAAUGGCUUAAUAAAGCUAUUGGUUUUUCUGGGAUCAGGCAGUUUCCCUGUGCAGGCAGUUCCUGAAAAUAUACCUAGAUUCAUGCAUUCAGAUAUUCCAAGGCAAAUACCGUAUUUUUCAGACUAUAAGAC